AUGAUUGAAUGUCUGCAUUUAUCGCCACUGGCUCAAGCUUUGACCAUGGCAGAAUCCGUUCCUCUUGUCCAUCUUUUAAAGACGUAUGCAUAUACGUCUUAUGUUCUAGCAGAUGAUGUGAUUAACUUUGAAGUUUAUUCUCGAAAGACCUCUAUCUCUAAGUCUCGAUUCUGCAGAAUUCUAGGGUUUGAUUCGACUGAAGGGCUUGUUGAUCUCGACUCGAUUUCCUCCACAGAUCUUAUUCAUAUGUUUUAUCAUAUGGGUUACCUUGGGGAUAUCACAUUGCUAUCCAAGUUUAGGGAGCCCAAUCUUCCUACUAUGUGGAAUGGUUUAUUUACAUUGUGUUUCAAGAGCCUUUCAAAACGCAUUGUCGGCUCUGACAGUGGAAGUAAUCUCUUUUAUACCAUUAUCUUUGGUAUUUAUCACUGA